AUGAACCGAGUACGUCGCACAUCUCCUUCUGCUUUGUCAGUUGCUGAAUACACGUCAGGUGAGAUUAGCGAGUCCGAAAAGGUCCCUACGAUGACUUCAGACGAUGUAGUCGAGUCUCGCAGCGAUGCGACACCUACUAAGCUCGACGAGAGCUCAGCAGCACCGGCGCCAGAGAUGAAGGACGACAAGUCGCAAUCGGAGGAUGCCAGCGUUGCAGAAGCAUCCCCUGACGACAAAGGCAAGGCUUCCAUCAAAUCUGAACAUAACGACAACGAUGUUUCAGACGCCGACAAAGAAGACCUCAGUGACGGUACGGAUGUCGAUGAGUAUCUGGAAAGAUACAGAUCAAAGUACGACAACAUGACUGCGCGUAUCAAAUUAGCACCGAAACGCGUAAAGCAGACUCACCAGUAUACGUCAAUCUUGGAAGAAAGACUUUCACUCCUGGAGGAUAGAGCCAUGGCUUUUGACAAGAAACUGCGCAGAAUAGAAGACGGUAAAGACGAGCUUCCACCACCGCCUGAUGAGGAUGAAAUUUAUCUGAAGCCUGAGCUCCACUUUCUACUUUCGAAAGGGCUGAAGCCCGUACCUGGCGCACCAAAAGUAAACGAGACUCACGAAAUCGACGUUUUCGUUGGGGAACCAGAAGUCCAGAAGGGUGAGAGGUUUCGACGACGAAAGACGCAGUCCACCGCCUUGGAAGACGAUGGUGCUGAUGAACAGGAAGUCGCAUUUGAUCCAGCCUCGGACCGCACACCUCAAUCCAUCGACGAUAAAAGGCUUAAGGAUGAAAUCGGAAAGGCCAAGAACAAGCAAUUUCCAAACCGAGUUCGUUUCAACGCCGAAGGGGUGGUGUAUCUGUUCCGGAAGUACCUUGGCGGCAACAAUGGCUCAUUAGACGAUAUCGUGCUACGGCCUUUCAAGCCUCUACUUCAGAACAAGGAAGAGAUACUGAAUGUCAUGUUUGAAGUGAUUUCAGUGCUGACUAGAAUCGUCAAUCAACGCGGAAGGAAGGGUGCAGAAUUGGCCGCAGAUCCCAAGAGUUCCGAAGAAGCCAAAGAUGUAGACGCUGGAGCUGAGACACAAUGGCCUAAUGUCAUUCCCGCCUUGAUAGACAAACCUGGGCCCAUUGUGUUACAGGAGCUCAGGAAUGCCCCUGAUGCCAUCACAACAGAAGAUUGGGACAUUGUUCUCAAAGAGCUCGAUCUUUUCGACGAGCAAAACGGGUGCUCUGGGGAGAACAUGAAAGGCUGGCCAAACCUGGCAGAGGUUGAAAGAUCCUUUGGAUGCUUCAAGAGCCUGCUGGAUGAUUACCUGAUACCUGGCCACCUGGAAUAUCGAGAGCGUAAGGCCAAGAGAGUGCGGUUCUGUGAUCUAUGGCAUGUGUUUCAAACUGGAGACCUCGUGGUUACCAAACGCUUAGCGAGCUUGGACGAGACCGAAACCCAGGAUCGGCUAGGUAUGAGGGUUCUCAUGACAGCUGGUGGCCGAAGGGUAAUCAUGUCCAAACUCCCCGCCCCGGUCUUACCAUCUUCUGUCAAUCUAUCAACCCCCAAGGACAGGAUUGAACCCAUAAAUGGUGUCAACCCAUUCUGCAUCCAUGCGUAUUAUCUGGACUUCAACGGCUCCAGAAUGGUUCCUGUACGACGACGGAUUGUGAUUGCUCCAUACAAUGGCGAACGAAACAUCUCGGAUCUAGAGGUUGUUCCCAUCGAAUAUGCGACUUCUGCAUUAGAUUCGCUCGAAAAACGAGGACAAAAGUUCGUCAAGGCUGUUACAGCCACCACGGCGCCUUAUGUGGAUUGCAAGGGUCUUGAGCUUCGCACUCGUGAGGAGCUCAACGACAGAGUCAUCGUUGAUAUGAAGAGUUAUUUUGGUACGAACCCUGGCGAGAUUCCAUCGUACCAGGAACCAGAAGAGCUUGACAUAUCCGAGACUAGCGAUUGCCCGCAUGGAACGGGCUGCAAUUACGCGUGCCUUUCCUGCUACCACCGAACUACGAUUGUGCAUGAUCAAAUGACAGAUCUUGCAGCCUAUCAGGAAUACAUUGAUGAGAAGCCCGUGUUCAAUCCGCUGUCAGAGACGCCAAAAGCUGGUCUCAUAGAGCCUUCGGAUUUCAGCAUUUGCCAUUACCGUGUCUUUGCCUACAAGCUACGUUCGCGUGAGUGGGUGCAUGUGAACGUCAAGCAUCUUGAGCCACCGCAAGAGAUCGACAGAAACAGAGGGUUCGAGAAGCUAGUCCUGUCGGAGGACCACAAACACAUUCUCGAGUCUCAGGUCCGAGAGCACUUCCGUAAGAAAGGUUCACAAGCCGUUGGGGGAAGUUCGGAGAAUGACAUGGACUUGGUUCGAGGCAAAGGACAAGGCCUCAUCAUCCUUCUUCACGGGGCUCCCGGAGUUGGCAAGACUGCCACUGCCGAAUGCAUUGCUGAUCUGAUGGAGAAGCCGCUCUAUCCUAUCACAUGCGGCGACCUCGGAAGCUCGGCAGAGGACGUCGAGAAGAAUUUGAAGAAGCACUUCACGCUGGCUAGCCGCUGGGAUUGCGUGAUGCUGCUAGACGAAGCCGAUGUCUUCCUCGCCAAAAGGAAACUUGAAGAUCUCCAGCGCAACAGUAUUGUAUCGGUAUUCCUCCGUAUGCUGGAGUACUACAAGGGUCUACUCUUCCUGACUACCAAUCGCGUCGACCCCAACUUCGACAAAGAGACCACGCUUAAAGUGUGGAAGACUUUCAUCGACCAAACCAAGUUUGUGCUCGAAAGUAGCGGUCGUACCAAUGUGACCGUGGAUGCGGAAGGUAUCGAGAAGUUUGCCAAGAAGCACUGGAAAGAAAACAAGCAGGCUCGCUGGAAUGGGCGACAAAUCCGCAACGCUUUCCACACUGCAGUCGCUAUGGCCGAGUUCGGUGCACGAAGUCGAAAUGCUAGCGAAGACUAUGACGACGGCAAAGACGUGAAGAUAAGCGUUGGUAGAACGGAGUUCGAAAAGAUUGCCAAUACCGCUAAAGAGUUUGGUGUUUACAUGACCGAGACAAUGGGGGAUCCUGACUUCGUAGCAUCGAGAGAUGGAUUGAGGAAACAGCAGAGGGAGCCGAAAGAGAAGACGAAAAAGAAGAAAAAGAAGAAACAGUCCAAGUCAAAGAAGCAAAGCGAAUCGAGCUCUUCAGAGAGCGAGAGUGAGGACGAGGAAGAGUCUGACAGUGAUUAA